AUGCCUAUCCCCUUUGUAACAAAAAGAUCAAUUAACGAAAGAAAAAGUGCGAUCAAUAUAGUAUCCCGACCUACUCAUAUACCCAUGCCGCGUUCAUUGACAUCUCCGACACCGCCAACAUCUCCAACAUCUCCGUUUAUCUUCAUAUCACCCCAAAGUCCACAUUUUACUUCGGUUCCAGGUGAUGGUUGUUCGGGGCCGAAAAACGAAGAAACAACAAACGACAUGUUCUUUAGGAUUGAUCCCGAUAGUUGCGCUCGAGGAAAAAACGUUCUAGUUCUUGGGGCAACAGGUGAACUAGGAACCCAGAUAGUCAACCAAGCUCUCGAUGCCUCGUACCACGUGACCGCUUUAGUUCGCUCAGAUUCUAACCUUCCGUUCACACGUUAUCAACUACGUAACCCCAAUCUUGUAAUAAUAGUCGGUUCCGUGUUUGAUCGUCAUGAUCUGGACAAGGUGAUUGAAGGUCAGGAUGUCGUCAUAAACUGCAUUGGCCCUCAACUAUUCGGCAACGACACUGAUGUAUGUUCUCGAAGUCAGAAGAUAAUAAUUGAAAGCAUGAUUAAAAACAAAGUUAGAAGAUUGAUUGCCAUCACCGCGCAAGGCAUUGGAAUAAUUAAUGGUGUGGAUUCUUCUAACAGUUCAAGCAGUUCCAGUUCUAGCAACAUUAGCAAUAACGAGCACGAUACCGAGGACUAUCCGAUAUCACCAACAACCUCAACAUCCACACAAAUUCCAGUGAUCUCAAAAGGGUUACAAAAGAUUUUUGGUAAAUUUUUUCCAAAUAAGAUUCUCAACGAUAAGGAACUGCAGGAACGAAUCAUCUUGGAAAAUAGUGAUUUGAUUGAUCAUACGAUAGUCAGACCUGGACGAUUGAUCAAUGGUGCAUUGACCGGUGUUUAUAAAAUAAUGGAUAGUGAUGAUGUCUGGAAGAACGAGAAAAGUGGUAAAACGAACUCGAAAAAGAACUCGGUCAAGAUAUCAAGAGCCGAUGUGGCGCAUUUCAUUAUGAGCGAGGUACAAUGCAAUCGAUGGAUGGGGAAAACAUUGAUAAUUGAAGGUAGUUCAUGA